AUGGCCUAUUGCAUACCGCCCAGCUGUGUGGCAUCACAUGCAGCAGAAAAGGGGUCAAAGACCAUCGGUUCGUCCUGGGUAGCCGAUGCAGCGAGCGACCUACCAGGUUUUCCAAUUGGCCUCGCAGCAUGGGAUUCACACGGGAACCGCCCGCACGAGUUGCAAAAGGAACUUUAG